AGCUUGUCGCCGAUGGAGUGCUCGGUCCCGGUGCAGCAGCAUCCAGCCUCAGAGUGGACGGUGCGCGGCUGCACACGGAACAAGCAGGAGCCUCCGCGAACUCACUGCUCAAACCCGCGGGGACUUUGUGCUCGACACCCGGGGCUGCGCUGCUGAAGUGACCGCUGCAGAGCGGAGGAGCUGCGGAGGAUGAACCCUCAGUGCGCCCGCUGCGGGAAGAUCGUGUACCCGACGGAGAAAGUCAGCUGCCUGGACAAGAACUGGCACAAAGGAUGUUUCCACUGUGAGGUUUGCAAGAUGACGCUGAACAUGAAGAACUACAAAGGCUACGACAAGAAACCGUACUGCAACGCACAUUACCCCAAGACGUCGUUCACCAUCGUGGCCGACACACCAGAGAACCUGAGACUGAGGCAACAGAGCGAGCUGCAGAGUCAGGUGAAAUAUAAGAAAGACUUUGAGGAGAGUAAAGGACGAGGGUUCAGCAUCGUGUCCGACACUCCAGAGAUGCAGAGGCUGAGGAGGACGCAGGAGCAGAUUAGUAACGCCAAGUAUCAUGAGGACUUUGAGCGAGCGCGCGGCCGCGGCUACACGCCGGGAUUGGAUGAUCCUAGCAUGGAGCGCUACCAGCGGGCCAAUCAGAUGAUGGGGGAGGCGGCCUAUAGCAAAGGGAUCCACCCACAGGCGAUGGAGAUGGACAGACGACCGGGAGGCAUCAUCGUAGACCUGAAGGUGUGGAGAACAGACCCGGGCUCCAUAUUUGACUUUGACCCUCUAGAGGACGAAGUCCAGUCCAAGAGUCUCCGCAGGAUGUCCGAGCGUGUUGAGCGCAGGCUGAGCAGGCAGCACUCGCAGCACUCUCUCACCCACAGCCAGGCUCAGUCCGUCAGCUCCCUGACCUCUGACCUGUGGGAUCGGAGCAGCGCUGACACUCCUGCUCCAGUCCUUCCUGGAGCGUACCAUCAGGGCGUUCAGAUUCAGCAGCAGCAGCAGCAGCAGUAUCAUCACGGAUACAUGCACCAGACCAGCAUGUCAUCGGUCAGAUCCGUCACCUCCCCGCCACACUCGGCCACAAUGCGUGUUUAUCGGGCACUGUACGAUUAUGCGGCUCAGGACCACGACGAGGUUUCCUUCAGGGACGGCGAUGUCAUCGUCAACGCUCAGCCCAUCGACGAGGGCUGGAUGUAUGGCACCGUGCAGAGAACCGGGAAGUCGGGAAUGUUGCCUGCUAACUAUGUGGAAUGUUGCAACUAAAGGAGAAAAAAAAGAGAAAAGAAAAAAUAAGUAAAGUUAGACGUUAACGAUUUCAAAGUCCCAAACGUGUUCUCUGGAGUAUUCUUGGGAAAUGUAGGUAAUGUAGGUAAGCUACACAGAGCGUUUCAUUUAGCUCGGAAGUCGGAAUCAGGAACCACGUCACAUGGCGUUUAAGUUGUUAGCUAAAUAGCAUGCUAAGCUAGUCCAUAUGUUAAACUCUUCACAUGAUAUUUCACAUUUAAAAACCAGCAGCAUAACAUUUCAUUCAUGUUAGCAUUUUAGCUACAUUUGCUAAAUGUAAUGGCUGAAUUAGCAAACUAAGCUGGUAUAUUUGGAAAGCUUCAUAGCUCUAUUUGCUCACUGUUACUACGAGCUUUGCUAGCCAGCAGGCUAAAUUCAUAUUAGCAUACACAAUUCACACUGAUUCAUGUCAGCUUCACAGCUAGGUUUGCUAACUUUUACAGCUAGCUUUACUAAGUAGAAAGCUAGCAACUCUAUUCCACAAUUUUGUACAAAGAAUCACCAGACCAACAUGGGGGAUUCAUGUUAGCAGUAUUUACCUAGUUAACUAGUCAAUUUGGUGUGACAAAUGUUAGAAUUAUUGCUAGUUUAGUUACCUAGCAUGCUAUUCUAGUCUAUUUGAGGAACAUAUUACAUGCUAUUUCUACAACAUUGUAGCAACACAGAAUGCCAACUUUGACACUGACAAAGAAUCGCUAACAAACACUGAGUAACGACUGCAGGGGCGGCGCCGCAGUCCAAACUUCCGACUUCUGAGUGCAAGUGAAAUGCAAUGUGGGCUAACAGUUGCUGCUGGAAAAACACGGCAAACUGCUUAGCAUGCUGUCGCUGACUUAGCUCUCAAGAAAAAGACCAACGCAUGAAAAAGACGCGAAAGAUUAAUUUUUACGACAAACACGAAAAGUCCGUCACGUUUUUUUAAUCACACAAGCGAAGAGAAGGCCAGAGGCUAAUUUAUCGUCUAAUUCACCAUUGGGAUUAAAAAUUGUUAAAAAAACAAGUUACGUGAUUUUUCUUGGGCAAAUUUAAUAUUCUUUUUUGUCUUUUAUUUAUUCUGAGUUUUUGUGUCGGUUAGUUUUCACGAUAUAAACGUUUUUGUCAAUAGAUAAAAGUUUUCACAGUUGCCGCCGUUAAGUGGACAAAUGUCAACUGAUUUUAUAAAAUAUCGCAGUAUUUCACUAUUGAUGUUUUCCCCCCACCCCUAACUUGCAGGAUUUGUUUUUAUGUUUUUUAGAAAGUUCCAUUUUCCUCUUUCAUGUUGUACGUUUGUGUUGGCGCGUUCCAUUUAUCGUCAGAACAUGGA